GGUUACAUUUUUAUUUACUAUUUUGUGUGUUUGGUGAGAGGUUAUAAAGCAAAUAAGAAAAUAUAAUAUUAUUUUAAUAACAAAAUGCCUCCAAAAAAACAACCCGAGAAAGGUGGUAAAGCGAGUGGAGGCAAAGGUGGCGCUGGAAAAUCUAGUGGUGAUGCAAAAGAAUCGGGAGCAAAGGAGAAAAAAGGCGGUACAGCUGUCAAAGUACGUCACAUACUGUGUGAGAAACAGUCAAAAUGUUUGGAAGCUUUGGAAAAAUUGAAGGCAGGACAGAAGUUCCCUGAUGUAGCAGCGGCUUACAGUGAGGACAAAGCUCGGCAGGGCGGAGACCUGGGGUGGAUGACCCGGGGCUCCAUGGUCGGCCCAUUCCAGGAUGCUGCAUUCGCCUUGCCGAUAUCGACAGUCAACAGUCCUGUGUAUACCGAUCCGCCCGUCAAAACAAAGUUUGGAUAUCAUAUCAUAAUGGUUGAAGGAAAAAAAUGACCCAAAUGGCGUUCGAAUUUGAAUAUUUCUGGGCGAUACUACUCUUGUUCAUUAUGGAAAGGAUCUGCUGUUUGCAGGAGCAAUUUGACAAGGAUGUCUCGCUGUUGCCGGACCCUGAGAGGUCUAAUGAGUCCCUACACUCUAAUAUAGAUGAUUUUUCUAAUAGAGAGUAAGUUUUGCUGUUAAACCUUUGACUUUUAAGAUGGAUAAACAAACAAUUGUUCAGUUACGUUUUAACGUUAUUGCUUUGAAAAGUUUGCCAAUGUAUUUAUUGUUUGUAGCUCAGGAUUAAAGUUGAGCUUCCUCCGCCUCUGCCGGCUGAUGCACGUGACUAUGCUGUUAUCUCUUGUCUACUUCUGCAACAUCUGCCUCUGGUUCAUAAUGACCAAGAAGAACACGCCCAGAUCGCUCCGUUACAGGUUUCGUGUAACAGUUCCAUCUUAAACAUUAUACCAUAUUUAAGACAAAUUCGUUGUUAAGCUAAUGAAAAAUAAAUGCGUUUUCUAUGUUCCCA